CUUGCUCUUCUUUUGUGGAGCUGAAAUGUUUUUUAGUUGUUGCUGUUAUUUAACAAGCAAUAAUAGAGAAGGAUAGGGGUAAUUGUACAUAAAAGCUUUAAAGAGGAUGAUGUCAAGGUUAAGAGGAUAGGAGAGAAAUUUGUUAAUAGAGCUUGUUUUAGGGGAAUAAACAUUUAACAUAGUUAGCAUAUAUGAUCCUCAAAUAAGUUUAGAAGUAUCCAUUAAGCAACAUUUAUAGGAGGAUAUGAAUGAAUUGUUUCAAAGGAUACCAAUGAAGAAAAAAUUUCUGUUUCUGCAGGCACAAAAUCCUGAAAAUUUCAAGAAAUCAAUUAUUUCAAUUGGGAAAAUGAUAACUUUUUUAAAACUUCCCAGAAGUGACAUUGAAUGGUUCUCUGAGCAGAAAUUUCAGGGUUAUUUACAGGCAAUUGUUUUAUUUGUAUAUCAUAGUAACAUGAAGAAUAAGAAUUCUGUGCCUGUACAACAACAUGCACAGCAACUUCAACUUUCUGGUUGCCAAUCCCAACCAUCUCAGCUGCAGCAUAACAAAAAUGUGAGACCCCACUUUCAUACAGUGAAGUUACCCUCAAGAAGCACUCCAAUUGGUAUAUCUCCACUUUCAGAAAUAGAGCAAGGGUUUCCUAAUUCACAACCAACAAUGAUAAAUUCACUUCAGUCUGGGUCUCAAACGAGAUUGGAGAAAAGAAAUGUUUUUAGUCCAUUGCAGCAUGAUUAUCCCACGCCUGUGCACCAAGCAAUCACCGGUUCAUCAAAACAGACAAAAUUUUCUCAUAAUUCCAGUCUGAAUACACUUGAUUCCACUAUAAAUUCGUUUCAGAAGAGUUCUACUAUCAUCACUUUCCAGCAACAGAAGCAACACAAAAUACAUCAAACGAUGCAGCCACAGAACCUAAAGCAAGAAAAUCAACUUCAGUCGAUUCAGCAGAGGAAGCAACAAGUGUUUACAGAAGAUGCCCAACCCAGUAUUAGUUCAGGAUUUCUUCAGUGUUGUCACUCAAUUGACUUGGAACAUCCUGAUCAAACUCAACCACCAAGAAGUCCUGUCCAAUUUCAUUCCACCUCUCAAAUAUAUCAGAGUUCUUCUCUUCAAGUUAGCCAAUGAAAUCUAGGGUCACGUCUUUCAAAAGCUGGUACAGUGUUUCCAUCUGCAACACCAGUAGACCUUGAGAAACGCCCCUCUUCUGUUUCUGUACUUUCAAACUCAGAUUGCAAUCAGCAAACAGCUGCUCCAAAGCAGCCACUUGAGCGCUUACUUAAAGCGGUUGAAUCAGUUUCACAAAAAGCACUGAGUGCCUCUGUUCAAGAAAUUGAUAUGAUAGCUGGAACCACAAUUGAUAAUGUAUCCAAAGGUUCUGUUGGUGGGGGUUUGGCGUGUAGAAUGAGAUGUCAAAUACAAGCAAAGAACUACAGGUUGCAAAAUGGACAUGUUUUUGUGGACAAGAUGAAGCACCGGAUCAGUUACAUGGCCCAUAAUGCAACUUUGUUAUCUGCCAAUGAAAUUUGUAGUUUUAAGCGGUUAGCUGAUGAUUUAAGUGACCUAGAUUCAACUGCAAGAUAUCAGAUCAAGCGGCCCAGGAUUGAGCCAAAAAAUGAACUCCGGAAUGAAAUCAAAUGCAUAAACCAGCAGUUAGUAGAAACCAUGAUAGAUUUAGAUUCAACUGAAGAUCUUGCUUCUAUUGAAACUGGUGAAGGAACUGUUAUCAGAUGCUCCUAUAGAGCUGUGGCUCUGAGUCAAAAUUUGAAGUUGCUGUAUGCUUCAUCCCAUAUGCUGCCAGUGCUUUCUUUAUGGUUGCUUGUUCCUGCUGAUUACCCAAAUUCUUCUCCUACAAUCUUUAAUGGGAUGGCUGUCCGCUGGAGCCAUGACAAUAAGGAGUCUAAAGAACUAUCGGAAAAUGCAAAGUUAAAGUUCAGCGUUGUUCUGCGCAUCCUUUCAGAGCCCAUAUCUCUUGGAGAGAUGGCGAGAGCUUGGGAAUUCUGUGCCCGUGAAGUAUUUCUUGAGAAUGCUCAGCAUAUUGGAGGAGAGUGCUUUAGUUCAAGAUAUGGUCGGUGGGAGAACUGCAUUACUGGUUGAUCUUUGUUGUCUACUAAAUGUGCAAAACUAAGAACGUUUGUAAAGAGCUUUAUUCUGUAUAGUUUUGCCUUGUAAAUUAGAUUACCAUGCCAUUUUCCUGUUACUUAGCAUCCUGUGGUUUAUAGUAUAAUUUAUAAUGUUAAAUGUGUAGAGUUUAUAGGCAAAGCCAAUAACAAGGU